UCACAAACGAAACGUAUUAAUUUAAAACCAAAUUUAAAAAUGAAAAAUCAACCAAAUAUAAAGUCAAUAGAAAAAACUGGCAACACCGAAAUAUACGAUACAAAAAUCAAACCAAUUAAUAAAAGAUUCAGUGACAACAUUAAUAAAGAGAAAACGAAUUUACAGAAAACGAAAAUUCCAAUGAAGACAAACAAGAAGAUGAAUACAUUCAGAAUGAGCCCGAGGACAAAUGUAAAGAAUCUGACGACAAAUUCAGUAAACAGCGUACAGAAGACAAUCGGAGCUAAAUCAUCAAGUAAUAUAGCCAGGUUAGUGAAAAAGCCAUCAGGAAAAAAACUUCUAUAACGGUAAAGUAGUUUUUAAUUUAUUUUUAAUUAUGUAUUAAAAAUGUCGAAA